AUGCUGUGCAAUGCACGUGUCAUCCAGACUGUAGUUUCUUUACCAUAUUUCAUAUGCUUGGAACAGCAAUAUAUAUGCCCGUUGAACGACUUCGUCAGGGCUGCACUGCUGAUAGGGGAGCACGUCCUGCGCGAUCCUCAAAUCCAGGUGGCGGGUGUGGUGGCAGUCGUAGACAUCAAGGGCCUUUACUUGCAUCAUGUUCGUCACUACACGCCCCUGUUCAUCAAGAGGCUGAUCCACAUUGUUCAGGAAUGUUAUCCGCUUCGGGUGAAGGGGGUCUACAUCGUCGACAAUCCCCCUCUUUUCGAGCUCCUCUACGCUGUUGCCAGACCAUUCUUGAAGACCAAGAUUGUGGAAAGGAUUCACUUCAUCGGGGAUGACUACGACAAGUUGCACGCGUUCAUUCCCCCUGAACUUCUGCCACGAGAAUACGGCGGAAUCCACGAACCCUACGACUGUGAUGGUUUAGAAAAGGAACUUCGAAGAAACAGCCGCUAUUUCGAGGAAAUCGACCAGAGCGGCUACCAAACCAAAUAA